AUGUUGCCUCGAAUUCGGGAACGCAUUGCCAAUGAAGUCCGACAAGGCGGAGGAAACCCUUUUGAUCAAAUGAACUUUGGUGCUGACAACAACAACAACAACAACAAUCGCAAUAAUGCUGCCGCAGGUCAGAAUGACCAAGCGGCAGAAGCAGCAGCAGCAGCAAACCAGCAAGCUAAGCCUCAGUUUGUGCGCCCAUCCGACUUGUACUUGGGAUGUUCCACUCGUGUUCGGAGAGAGCUGCUCCGUAUCAACGAAUGGGAUCGUCUAAUUGCUUUGAAAGAUGUCUGGACCAAGCAAGUGGCUGAAGCGCCCACUCAAGAAGAGUUGGAUGAAGAGAAUGGACAAGAAGGAGGAGGCGGCAAUGCUAAUGCUAAUGCUGCCGCCAACAACAACGACAACGACAACAAUGAUCGCAUGCUUCCCGCCAAUGUCAACCUCAUGGAAUUCUUGAAUGGUACUGGCAACGAUGCUACGAAUGAAAAUACAGAUCAUGACAUUCGGGAAAUCAUGGAGCACAACAUUAAGAAACAUCGAUUUCGUCCCGCCUAUUACAAGGUGCAGUUCUUGAAUCCCACCUAUUCGGCCAAUUUGGAUUUGCUAAAACUCUUCCACAAGCGCCAUGCGGGCAAUCCCAAACUUGCCGCCCAGCAAUUUUGUCGCUACUGGGAUCUCAAGUUGCAGUAUUUUGGAUUGGAACAACUCUGCAAGCCUUUGACAUUGAAAGCCCUCAGUUCGCAGGACAAGGCUUGCUUGCACAAUGGAUGUAUGCAAUUGAGUCGAGACGAUCACGGACGAACAGUUUUGUCUCUAUUGCCAAGCUUGUUGACUGUAGAACAAGCCAAUGGACCCAAACCAAUGGAUACUGGUGAUAAGGAUGCGGAAGAAUCGGACGAGGCCAACAAGUUGGUGUGUCCCCAUUUGGUCCGUGCGCUAUGGUAUCUGAUCUUUCGGGCUCUUCAAGACAAGGGUGAGACCAACAUGGUCAUUUUGGUCUUGGGACAAGACAAGGCUGAUCUCUUUUCCAAGACUAUCUUGCAUUGCACUUCGAUGCUACGAGAAGCUCUUCCAUUUAACGUGGUGGCAUUGCAUUAUUUGGAUGGUCCCGGCAUGAGUACACUGGACGAGGACGAAUCCAGUACAAACGGACAAAAUGUCAGCCACCAUCACAACCAUGAAAACUUUUUGUGGCGCCAACAGCCUGAUAAUCAAGAGGAUAUGCAUGGGUUUGGUGGACUAGAACAAGUCGCUGAAUGGGGUGGUGCGGUUCAAGUGCCAGAUCAUCAAUUGCCACAAGAGAAUGUACCGCUGCAUCAUGAAGGAAACCAAGACGAACAACAACAGCUACGCCUACUCGACAAGAGCAAGGCUAGUUUGGAACACUUGGAAGAUCGAGUGGGACGAAAUGUUCGACUCCGAUUGCGAUUUCACAACUUGUUUGAGCUUCAGCUGGAAGAGCUGCGCAAUAGCAAUGAAGCGAGUGAAGUCGACGACGAGAACGAUGAGAAGGACCCAUUUGGCGUUCUUCGCAAACGGCUCAUUCAGUUUGGGAUUCCCAAUAUCCCACUGAAUAGUGAUGGAACUUUGAUUAUGCACAAUCCGAUUGACUCCAGCUCCAAGCGAUUUUUUUUCACUCGUCCCGAAUACACCUUGUCCAAUAAUUUGAUCCUGCCCACUCCAAACGAUAUUUUGCUGGGCAAGGGUCGGCCGUACCAAGAGCACCCUGGCAACAUUGCCAUGAACGACAUCAUUGACAAGUUCCGUGAGGAAUAUACCAGCUGCAAGACCCGAACCGAAAAGACUGCCAUGAGCCAAAGCAUUUUGGAGACCAUUAGGAAACAAGGUGGACGAUUUUUGAUCAAGAAAUCCAAGGACGAUGACUUGUGGGUGGUAGCAACCGAUGCCAAGGCCCGUGACAAGGUGGCGCAUUCCUUUCGCAUGCCUCGGAAGUUUCUCAAAGAUGCCAUCAAGGAGAAACGACUAAAGGAACAACAAGAGGCGCAAGGAGACAAGGAUGGGGCCGGUGGAGGAACUCAACAGCAGCAGCAGCAAGCAUCAUCGAAUGAUCAGCAAGCAAGGAACUGA